UUCUCGUCAGUGGGCUCUCUCUGAAUCUCUGGAGUUUACGCGUGAGACAGGGUAAAGCUGUAGUCGCCGAAAUGACUCGGCUGAAGCGUUCGAGGGACGAGACCGACAACGAUCAUUUCGGCAUGGGAUCAACCGUCUCACUGCUGAAUGGACAGUCUGGAUCAACGACGAACAACAACACGCAGCACGUCGACAGUCCGGCCUCUACCAACGGCAAUGGAGACGCCGAUGGCUGGCAGCAAGUUGAAGGCCGCAAAGCGAAGCGCCGCAAGAAGCAGUCACAGAAGCAAUCCGACAAUUACCCUUCAAUCACGCACUCCUCACAUGCCCGUCUUCAAGCGUCUGUGAAGAUUAGUGACCUUCAAAAUCUAGCUUUGUAUCUCCUCGCAGAUGGUAACGCGCCGCAGUGGAUCUCUGUAAGACAUCAUGGCGCCGUACGAAAGGUCGUGGUGCUUAUGGUGCCAGGACUCGAGGCUGGCAUGUUUGACAACCAAAUACCCCUCUUGUCAACUGAAGAAGAAACCGCAGAUGGCGCCAAGGAAACGACUGGUGACGGACAUUCUGCAACCGGAGACUCUUCCAUAAACUCUCAGCCAGUACCUCGGAAGCUCAAUAUCUCGCCAGACGAUUUUUAUCCUGUCAGGCUUGUACGUGAUCGCUUGCCAGAGCCUUUACAGCCUCUGAGCGACGUCUUCGAGCACAUCUGGCCUAUCCGCACUCCCGGCGACGACAAGUAUGCACGAAUGCAUUCGCCACUUGCCGCAAUGCUCACUGCACCCAUCGUUAAGACCAGGGAGGAGAAGAAGGCCAAAGGGCCGCAACCUCCGCCAGAGGGCAAGGCUUGGAGGAACCAAAGAACUCCUGUGACUGAGUUACUGGCUACGACCGACGAGCUGUGUGAAGGUGGCUACGUACUUCACCCUGCCCACUAUGAGGGGACGCCACUCGCACAGGCAGAGAUUGCCCGACGGGAAGCGAACAAGUCCACAGCCUCGGACCGUUGGGUUGACGUACCAGGCAUACCGUCUCUGGAGUCUGGCGAUCCGCCAGAGGAAGCCAUUCAGAAAGGCUCUGUCACCGCUGGCCGCAAAGUCUUCGCUAUGGAUUGUGAGAUGUGCAUCACCUCGCCAUCGGGUGUGACACCGCAGGUCUUUAGUCUCACUCGCGUCUCGAUAGUUGACUGGGAUGGCAACACAGUACUUGAUGAACUCGUCAAACCGUCCGAACCUAUUACAGACUACCUUACCCCGUACUCUGGCAUCACCGCUGCACUUCUCGAAAAUGUUACAACCACACUUUCUGACAUACAGCGAAAGCUCUGCUCCAUCUUCACGCCGCAAAGUGUACUUGUCGGCCACAGUCUGAACAGCGAUAUGAACGCCUUGCGGAUGACGCACCCGUUUAUCGUUGACACGACCUUCCUGUUCCCUCACCCUCGUGGUCCGCCUUUGAAGUCUAGCCUCAAGUGGCUGGCGCAAAAGUAUCUCUCGCGUGAGAUACAAAAGGGUCAUGGCAAGACAGGCCACGACAGUAUUGAAGACGCCAAAGCUUGCUUAGACCUGGUGAAGCAGAAAUGCGAAAAGGGUAAGGCGUGGGGCACACCUGAAGCGUCUGGUGAGAGCAUCUUCAAGCGGCUCGCACGCACUAAUAGGCCGAAGAGGGACAAGGUGCAUCCCAGCGGCGAAGAUGAGCCGCGUAUGGGUGCGGUGGUCGAUUGGGGCGACCCAGCAAGAGGCUACGGUGGUCAAGCUAAGGUGACCAUUGGUUGCGAAAGCGACGCCGAAGUUGUUGCCGGCGUCGAGCGCGCAACCAAGGGCGAUGAUACGAAUGCUGUUGUUCCCUUAGGCGGCUGCGACUUUACGUGGGCUCGCCUGCGUGAGCUAGAGGCCUUCCGCGGAUGGUGGGAUAAAAGCAAGCUCGUCGACUCCGACGCUCUUCGGUCAUCCACGCAAGCUGCAUCUGUAGAGGAGACGCUGGCCUCCGUCGUCAAGCAGACAGCAGAGAAUGUGCAGGCAAUCUACGACUCUCUGCCGCCUUGCACGGCAUUCAUCGUUUAUUCCGGCUCCGGCUCCCCAAUCGAGCUAAGAGAGCUCACGUGGAAGCUCGGGCAGGCGGCAUAGUCCUGCAGGUACUGGGGAUGCUGAACUCUUUGACGCCGCGGUCCC